CAAUCACCACCACCAGCACCACUACUACCUCUCUCGCUCAAAUUCCAUUUCUGCCCCUCCCAAUUUCCCCUACCUCCUCUCCCUCCCGCCCCGCCGCCACCCCCGCCGGAUCUAUGUAUAGCCACAACACCAUCCUAGGGCUUCUCUGCUCCGGUCUCAUCCUCGGCGCCGGAUAACAAGUUGUUAGGGUUUCCAGGUCUCUGAGCUCCCCCGCAAUGCCGGCCCUCGGAAUUCUAGGGUUUCAGGGGCUCCUGUUCGGUGUCGUUUUGGCGUCCUUCUUUGUGAUAAGGCACAAGUGGAGGAAUGCGGUGGCGAAGAAGGAGGAGAUCAUGAGGCUUGUGGCUAUGGCUUCCCAGGAGGCCGCAAUGGCCGAGUUUCAGUCCACCACGGCUCUUUAUGAUUCUUCUGCUGCUGCUGCUGCUCCGGUGCCGGUGACCGGUGCGUUUCACUGUGCUGUUUGUUAUUCGCAGACUACUAUGCGGUGCUCCAAAUGCAAGAGUGUUAGAUACUGUUCUGGGAAGUGUCAAAUCAUUCACUGGAGACAAGGUCACAAGGACGAAUGCCAACCUUUGGGGGUCCAACACAUUAGUGACUUAGAUGGGGAAGCGGCAUUUCAUCAUGGUGGAAUAGGUGCACGUGCCAGUUCGACAUCGCCGAGUACUGUGUCAUGGGAUGGUUUCUCUUCAUCUGGUACUGGAGCUGACACCCCUUCUGGUGAGAUUGUUGACAGAGCAGUGAAACCUCUUUUUGAUGGUCCUGCCCCUGAUCUACUUGGAAAUAUGUCCGAGUAUGCUAAUUUGGUCAAUUGUCAAGAUAACUUUUCGCGUGCAAAUAAGUUAGUUAAGAUGAAAUCCAGUCAUAGUGAUAAAGAAGUAGAUUCCAAAUCAAAAUUGGCCAAAGCUAAGAUAGACAUGUCUGCUGAUGCUCAACCUGCAAAUUUUGUUGGUAAAAAGCAAACUAGAAGGGGUACUUCAAUAGAAAAGGUAGUUACUGAUGCCGCCAAGUCCAAGAGCUUGUCAACUAGUAACUGGGAAGAUGAGCGUAAAGAAGGACGUUUAUCAUAUAGUGCUUCUAGUGGUCGGCUAUCUUCAGCCACUGGAGAGUUACUGGAUUCCAGCUUUAGAUCUGAAAAAGUUGACAGUUGUCAUGCCUUGCCUGCCAAAAUUGGUAGUAUCCCAAGCUUGCCGCAAAAUGCUUGUAAUGGUUUAAAGACAUCCAUGAAGAAAGUUGUGCAGCAGUUUAAAUCCUCAAAACAGCCGAAAUCCAAUCUCUCCGAGGUAAUUUUUCCGUAUGAGCUGUUUGUGAAACUGUACUCUUACAACAAUGUGGAUCUUUGCCCAUUUGGCCUGACAAAUUGUGGGAACAGCUGUUAUGCUAAUGCUGUGCUCCAGUGUUUAGCAUUUACUCAGCCUCUUACUUCGUAUCUUCUUCAAGGACUCCAUUCUAGAGCAUGUCAAAAAAAGGACUGGUGCUUUAUAUGUGAAUUUGAAAUUCUGCUCCAGAAGGCAAGAGAAGGGAAGUCUUCACUGUCCCCGAUUAGGAUCUUAUCGAAAAUACAUAAAAUUGGAAGCCAUCUUGGUCAUGGGAAGGAAGAGGAUGCUCAUGAAUUUUUGAGGUAUGCGGUUGAUACCAUGCAAUAUGUUUGCCUCAAGGAAGCUGGGGCUAUUGGUCCUUUGGCAGAACAAACAACUCUAGUUGGCAUGACCUUUGGAGGUCACCUUCGAUCCAAGAUAAAGUGCAUGAAGUGCCUUGGGAAAACUGAACAAUUUGAGCGGAUGAUGGAUCUUACUGUCGAAAUUGAUGGGGCAAUUGGAACUCUGGAAGAGGCUCUUGCACAAUUUACUGCUACUGAAACUUUGGAUGGAGAUAAUAGGUUCCAUUGUAACAGGUGUAAAUCUUAUGAGAAAGCCAGAAAGAAACUUACAAUUCUAGAGGCACCAAAUAUUCUUACAAUAGUGUUGAAGCGCUUUCAGUCUCGGAACUUUGAGAAGCUAGAUAAGUCGGUGCGUUUUCCAGAGGUUCUCAACUUGUCACCAUACAUGGAUAGAAGUGAUAAAUCUCCUUUGUACAAUCUUUAUGCUGUGGUUGUUCACCUGGAUAUUAUGAAUGCUGCAUAUUCAGGCCAUUAUAUAUGCUAUGUAAAGAAUAGUCGAGGGAACUGGUUCAAGAUUGAUGACAGCUCGGUUGAACCUGUAGAAUUAAAGAGGGUUUUAUCUGAAGGCGCGUACAUGCUUCUUUAUGCAAGGCGCUCACCACGAUCCCCACCCUUGGUAGGAAGUAACACCGUUUCUCAAGCUGGGUCAUCAAAUAGAAGGAACUCGGAAGCAGUCCCUUCAAGCCUUACCAAAUCCAAGUUGAGAUCUACUGUGCCAAGUAUGAUUAGUUGUGCAGCGCAACCAACAUCUAGUAGAAACCAAGACAGGAUGAGUUUUGAUGGUUCAAGCAACCAAUCAUUAGAUCCAGAUGACUGGAGAUCUCAUUCCAUGUACAGAGUUCCUGCGAUGGAUUCAUCAAGUGAGAGUUCAUCAAUUUUCAGCUCCUCGGAUGCAAGUUCUUGUAGCACCGUGAGCACCAAGGACUCCUCCAGCAAUGAAGAUUUUUCUGGUUACUUAUUUGGUCAAGUAGGAGCAAAUCCAUACAGCCAAUUUGGGCGUUCAUUGGACGUGUUCGCACCUUCCUUGUUCCCGAACUUUGAUGUAGAUAUGAAAGGCGGUACAGAGGACUCGGAAGGCGGAGGAAACUCCACAAUUUUGUUUAGUGACAGAAGUAGACAUCGGAGGAAGUCAACCUCGGAUUAAUUGAUGGCAGUAGCUAGCACUAGGGGACUGACCAGCCCUAAUUUUUUCGGAGGCCAGCCUUUUGCUCUUUCCCUAUGUAAUCUAUAUUUAUUUGUAUCAUUUACAAAAUCAGAGCAAACGGAUGUGGAGAACGAUCAGCUCAAACAUUUUACCGAGGUUUGAGCUGUGAGAUGUAAGUAGAGAUUAUGCCAAGGUCAUUAGGGCACUACUCGCUAAUUCUAGCAUAAUGUAGAGAAAUC